UGAAGGGGCAGAUGACGGGCGUGGGGGGGAGUGGCACUGGGCGGCACUGGGGCGUUGGGAGCGGCGCGCGAUACCAAGCGGGCGGCGGGUCACGAGCGAGGGGAAGUGAGGCGAAUGGCUUGGCUGGUGUGCGCUACUCUCUCUCUCAGUCACCCGCGAGGCACCGUAGAGGAAGGGUCACGCCUGACACUCUCCGCCAGCAACAAGUUAACGGGUGCCGCCGCCAGCCCGCUCUGGAAACACGUGAGCGCGUUACUGACCACCAUCACGCGAACUCACGCCCCGCACACCCACCGGCACACCAGCCCGCGCCCGCACCGAUCUGCAGGCGCGGUGAACUGACGCAGAACUACCAAACUUUUCGCCAAACGUUUGAAGAAGUGGUCGAGGUUGUGUUUUGGUGAUCAGGAAGCGAGGCGGCGUGGUUCGUGUGAGGCGCCGCGCCCUCACGACCCCCUCACGACCUGGCCAGGCGCUGAGGCGAGGGACGCACACACACACGCACACGCACACGCACGCAACUCACCGCCCAGAACAGAACAACGCAGACGUGGCCACGCACCGCAGAGGGACGGAGCGCGAGAUCGAGAGCGAGAUAGAGUGAGACAGAGACUGAGAGAGAGAGAGAGAGAGAAGAGAGAGAGAGGAGGGAGAAAAAAGCUCAAAGUGUAUGUGAGGGAGAAAGAUCAUAUCUUCCUCCUCCUCCUCCUCCUCCUCGUCCUCCUUGUCCUUCUCCACCUCCAUAAUACCUGGCGGCGUGGAGGGAAAGCCACGCCUCCCUCACCUGGAUACGCCGCCGCACCUGCACGAGCGAUGGAGGGCAACGCAACAGACGCGGACUUAGGGUGGGAGGAGAGAGGGCUCAACUCCUCCCUCUCCUCGGCAGAAGAAGGGGACAGGCUCUUUAUGACAGACCCAGAAGUGGAGAGGAGGAAGGAGGAAUGUGAUGAGCUACAUGCACAGAUUCCACUCCCUGAUCCUGCUCUGGGUCCCUACUGCCCGAGGACCUUCGAUGGGUGGGCGUGCUGGAAUGACACCCCAGCCAAUUCCAGAGUCCACGCCCCCUGUCCUGACUUCAUCCCUGGCUUCGAUCCUUCGCUUCUGGCUUACAAGGACUGUGACUCAAACGGGACUUGGUUCAAACACCCGGACACCAAUGAACCGUGGUCCAACUACACAACCUGCGUGGACAGUAACCAGCUGGGGCUGAUGCAGAGUGUCAACAGCCUGUACAUCGCGGGGUAUUCCAUCUCACUGAUCGCCCUCUGUUGCUCCCUGUUCAUCUUUUGCUUCUUCAAGUCCCUGAAGUGCAAGCGGGUGACGAUCCACAAGAACCUUUUCGUGAGCUUCAUCAUCAACAAUGCCAUGUGGCUCAUCUGGUACAAGUGUGUGGUGGAAGACACGAACGUCCUCUUCAAGAACACAGGUCUCUGCCAAACGCUACACGUGUUCCUGCACUACUUCCUCGUGUCCAACUACUUCUGGAUGUUCUGCGAGGGUCUAUACCUGCACACUCUGCUCGUGGUGGCCUUCGUGGCAGAGGACAGGAUCAUGAAGUGGUUUUUCCUUCUCGGUUGGGGCAUUCCGGCUGUUUUAAUCACCUUCUACGCCAUAUUCCGAGGCAUCAGCAAGGAGGAAAACAAGCACUGCUGGAUGAGUGAAGGACCUUACAACCACAUCCUGAACGUGCCCGUGGUGCUGUCCAUGCUGCUAAACCUCUUCUUCCUCAUCAACAUCGUCAGGGUUCUCGUCACCAAACUACGAGCUGUCAACACUGGUCCGGAUACUCACUCCACUCGCAAGGCUGUCCGCGCCACGCUCAUCCUCAUCCCCCUGCUGGGCCUUCACUACAUCCUGGUCCCCUUCCGCCCCGAGGGAUCCCCAGGCCACGGUGUCUACCUGAUCGUGUCCGCCAUUGCUGCCUCCUUCCAGGGUCUGGGUGUAUCUCUGCUGUUCUGUUUCUUCAAUGGCGAGGUUCUCGGCAUCUUCAAGAAAAAGUGGAACCAACACAAGCUGAUGAAGAGUGGAUCAAGCACUACCGGAGCCAUGGCCUUCUCGGACGAGGAGACUCCGCCGCGCGCGUAAGAAAGAGAGAGUGAGAGAGAGAGAAAAAAAAUAGAAAAAAAACUGCGUACAUGAAGUCAAGCAUGGCAGACGGCAACACUACCGUCACUAACUACGGGACCACUAUUGAGGGAGACGACGUGUAGAGAGCAUCGAUAGCCACGCCUCGCCACACAGCCACGAGGGGACGAGGAGAAGAGAAGAGGACGGGAGGGAACAAGACCUACAGGACACUAGGAUGAAGUUGAGAGGUAAAGGUGAGAGGGAGGAGAAAAAAUGUGGAAAUGUAGAAACGAGCAUCUUAUCAUCAGGGAAAGGAGAGUGAGAAAAUAAAAUGGAGGGAAUAUAAAGACUAGAAAAUGUAUUGAUAGAGAAGCUUGAAAGUAAAUGAAGGUGACGAUGAGAGAUAGAGGGGGAAGAUGAAGGAUAAAGGUGAGAGGGAGAAAGAAAGGUGGAAAUGCAGAAACCAGCACUUUAUAAUACGAAAACGGAAAAUUGUGAAAUAAACAGAAGAGAAAUACAAACACUAGAAAAUAAAAUGAUAGAUCUACAGCACACUAUGUUUGAAGAAAGUGAAAGGUAAAGGUGAGGGAAAGAAUAAAAAUACGAGAAAUGUAGAAACCAGCACUUUAUGAUCAGGAAAAGGAGAAUGAGGAUGAGAAAAUAAAUAGGAUAGAAAGACAAUAAAGUAUUGAUAGACCUACAGCACACUUUAGAUGAAGAAAAUGAAGGGUAAAGAUGAGAAAAAAAUAAAAAUAUGAAGAAAUGUACAAACCAGCAUUUUGAAAUCAGGAAAAGGAAAGUGAGAUUGAUAAAAUAAACAGAACGGAAAUAGAGAGACUAGGAAAUGUAUUGAUAGAGAAACGUCAGAGAAAACGAAGGUGAUGAUUAGGGACAGAGGAAGAAAAUGAAGGUGACGGAAAGAAUGAUAUACGAGGAAAUGAAGAAACCAGUACCUUAUUACCAGGAAAAGGAGAGUGGAAAUGUGGGAUGUAGAUAGAAAUGAGGGGAAACCAGAACAAAAGUAAGACAGACAGAGGUGAGGAUGGGAACACAAACAAGAGGAAAUUGAAAGAAGAGGAGAAGUAUGAACUGACGAAGAUGAGAAAUAGAGAAAUGCGAAGAGAAAGAAAAAUUGCUAUACACAACGAGAAUGAGAAAAAGAAGAAAGAGAAAUAGGAGGAAAAAGAAAAAUAAUAUGAACUUGCAUCAAAUUAUAAGAUGAAAAAAAAAAAGAAUAGAUAAGAAUGAACAGUAAGCAAAAUGAAAAGACAAACCAAAAUGAAAGUGAUCUAUGCAACGGAGACGAAGAAUAAAUAGAAAACGCA